UUUUCAAAAUUGUCAUUCGGCCGGUCAUCACCACCCAAAACCUUUCUUUAUUUUCACUUUCCAUCCAUUUUGCACUACAAAUACCUUCGAUUUCCCAUGACAGACUAAGAAAACCCAAAAGACGAAAUGCCAAAAGAAAGCAAACACAAGCCACCAAAACAAAGCCACGGAGGAGGAGGUGGAAGAGGCGGAGGCCGGUCUUGUGGCUUAUGUCUUUUCAUUUUCCUCCUCUUACUAGGAAUUACUGCACUUACCCUAUGGCUCAUUUACCGUCCCCACAAGCCUCGUUUCACCGUCGUAAGCGCCGCCAUCUACCAACUCAACGCCACUUCCCAACCCUUCAUUUCCACCUCCAUGCAAUUCACCAUAGUCACACGAAACCCCAACAGGAGAGUCUCCAUCCUUUACGACAAGUUGCAAGCUUAUGUUCUGUACAAAAACCAACAGAUCACUCCCCCACUGGACUUACCACCACUGUUCCACGAGACGAAGACCACAGUGGCGUUUUCUCCGGUUCUCGGCAGUGCGACGGUGCCUGCUUCGGUGGAGGUGGUGAAUGGACUGAUGAUGGAUGAGACUUACGGAGUGGUGGCGAUGAGGGUGGUGGUGUUGGGGAAGUUGAGAUGGAAGGCGGGUGCUAUAAAGACAGUGAAGUACGACGUUUAUGUGAAAUGCGAUGUUUGGGUUGGUUUGAAGAAGGGGGUGACAGGACCGGUGCCUUUGGUCGGAGCUCCUCCAUGUAAAGUUGAUGUAUGAAGCAUAUGUAAAUGGCUUUUACUUUAAAAAGCUUAUUCUGGCUUCUUUCUUCUGGCUUUGUUUCAUGAAUUUUAGUGCAGCUUUGGUUCCUUGUACUU